AUGACACCCAAACGAGCAGAGCAACAGCGUCAGUACACACAAGUUCCGACAGUCACGAAGAACAAUAACUACCUGGAUCGACAUCAUGAAGAAAAAUGCUUAAAACUGUUUGAAUCAUGCAAACAAGGUGACUUGUCAAUCUUACUACAAUUGCUUAAACCUGAAACAGUAAAUCAGCCUGAUCUGAACAACCGCAACUCAUCGCCGUUACAUUAUGCAGCCGGUUUUGGGAAGGUAGACUGUGUUCGAGCGUUACUUGCAGCUGGUGCAAACAUAAGCCAGGCUGAUGAUAGUGGUUUGGUUCCAUUACAUAAUGCAUCCUCAUUUGGCCAUAUUGAAGUGGUGAAAAUUUUGCUAGAAAGUGGUGCUGACACAAAUGUUAGCGAUCAUUGGGGCUUUACACCACUUCAUGAAGCAGCUAUAUGGGGAAAAGCUGAUGUUUGCGUCCUUUUGCUGCAGCAUGGUGCUUCAGCGCGGAGCGAAAAUUCAGAUGGUAAGACACCGCAAGAUUUAGCAGAUGGCGAUGCUAAAGCAGUUUUUACAGGUGACUAUAGAAAAGACGAGUUAUUAGAAGCAGCAAAGAAUGGAGAUGAGGAAAGCUUACUCUGUUGUUUAACGCCCUUUAGUAUUAACUGUCAUGCAGUUACUGGUAGAAAGUCAACACCGUUGCAUUUGGCUUGCGGUUAUAAUCGAGUAAGAACAGUUAAAAUCUUGCUAGAAAAAGGUGCUGAUGUUCAGGCUGUAGAUAUUGGAGGCUUAGUACCACUCCAUAAUGCGUCUUCAUUUGGACAUUUGGAAGUGGUCAAUUUAUUGCUGGAAGCAGGUGCUGAUUCACAGGCUGAAGAUUUGUGGAAUUUCACACCGCUUCAUGAAUCUGCAAGCAAAGGACGUCUAGAGGUGGUGAGAUUACUAGCAGCUAGUGGAGCUGAUCCAACACGUAAAACUGGCAAUGCAAAGGCACCCAUCGAAUAUAUAACUGAUGAAGAUGUUAAGAAAGAUAUACUUCAUGAAUAUGCUGGUUAUAAAAUUUAUGCAGCAGCACAAAUUGGUGAUAUUCGUAUGUUAAAGAGCCUACUAGCCGAACGAGAUCCUAAUUAUGUGCAUCCUUGUCUGAAAGAGACUCCACUACAUGCAGUUGCAGGCUCAGCUCAUCAGAGAAGAAAAGUAAUUGCUGAAAUACUUUUGAAAAACGGUUGUCCUACGGAUGUCUUAAACAAAGACGGUUUUUCUGCGCUGCAUAUUGCAACAAAACUAUGUUCAUACGAUGUAUUGGAAGUACUGAUAAGUCAUGGUGUUAAUAUUAGUAAACCAAGUAGCUGUGGUAAGACAGCACUCCAUAUUGCAGCCGAAAAAGGGGAUUUUGAUUUGUGCAAACAGCUGUUAAACUAUGGCAUAUUAACUGAUCUGAAAGAUAAUGAACAAAAAACGGCAGCUGAUGUUGCAAGAAAUAUUGAAAUUAGAGACCUUAUCAAUUGUUGGAGCCAAGAAAAAAUAAACGUCAUACAAAAACGCUGCAGAGGGAACAAAAGUGUAAAACAUUGUCAUAAGCAAAGAGAAGGCUACAAAUAUUGUCACGAAAGCCGAAAUCGUGGUAGUGAUUCUGGAGGUAAUACGGUAUCAAAUAAAAUUGAAACACCGAAAGUAUGCCACAAUGUCUUACAACGAGAAACACAAGCGAGAUAUUCAGAAGAAGUACUAUUGGAUGCUGCAAGAUGUGGUGAUCUUUGCACGAUAAAGCACAUAAUUGGAAGCUGUGGAACGAGAAUUAUCAACUGUAAAGAUUUUAAUGGUCGUGAAUCAACACCCUUACACUUUGCUGCUGGAUAUAAUCGAGUAGAAGUACUGAAGUAUUUGUUGAGAAAGGGUGCUAAUGUUGAAGCAAGAGACACAGGUUGGUUGGUUCCGUUGCAUAAUGCAUGCGCAUACGGUCACUUGAUUGUUGCAGAAUUACUUGUAAAGCAUGGUGCUAAUCUAAAUGCCACCGAUAAAUGGGGAUAUACUCCUUUACACGAAGCUGCUUUGAAGGGGAAAUUUGACGUCUGUAAACUUCUUAUUAUUAAUGGUGCUGACCCGAAGCGCAAAGGACGUGAUGGAAAAACUCCAUUGGAUGUUGUCAGAGAAGGAGCAGAAGAUGUAUAUAAUUUGUUGCGUGGUGACGCAGCGGUGCUUGAGGCAGCCAAACAUGGUGAUAUUGAAAAAAUUCGGAAAAUCGUUAUCCCAGCAACAGUGAAUUGUCGCGAUGUUGGGGGACGUUUUUCAACGCCGCUGCAUUUGGCCGCUGGCUAUAAUAAUCUGGAAGUUGCGCGAUUUUUGCUUGAAAAUGGUGCAGAAGUUAAUUUGAAAGAUAAGGGUGGUCUGAUACCGUUGCACAAUGCGAGCAGUUUUGGACAUCUGGAAAUUGCCGCUUUGUUAAUUGAAUGUGGAGCCGAAGUGAAUCAUCCAGAUAAAUGGGGUUAUACUCCUCUGCAUGAAGCAGCUCAGAAAGGUCGCACCCAAAUUUGUUCAUUACUUCUAAAUAAUGGCGCAGAUGUUACGCUGAAAAAUAGCGAAGGUUUUACUGCACUGGAUAUUACUGUUACGGAAGACACAAAGGAAUUAUUAAUGAAUGCAGUCCCGGUUGAUCUGAGAGAAUUACCAGCUGUUCAUGUUGUGCGUAAAACAAGUGGAUCAGCGGUUGAUGUACCAAUUUCAUCUUUUGUGUGGGAGAUUAUGGAUAAUGCUGUUGUUGACAUGCAAUCGGUCAAUUGUUCGAGACAAGAAACAAAUUUAGGGAGUGAAAAAGAAGAUAAUGAAAAUGAGACAAAGUUUUCUAUGGAAGACUAUUUACGAUCGAUUGGUCUUAGUUCACUUUCGAAUUUAUUUGCUAAGGAAAAAAUUACAUUAGAUGUUUUGGCCAGUAUGACACAUGAUGAUUUGAAAGCGAUCGGAAUUGAUGCUUUCGGGACUCGAUUUCGAUUGCUUAAGAACAUUGGGAAAUGUAUAAGGAAAAGUAACGAAAGUAGGAAUUCGCCGAGUAAUGUUCAAGUACCAGUAUCAAUAGGUACAGUGUUGGUACAGAUUGAGCCUUCAAAUGAAGUAUUCCAACAAAUUGAAAAAGCAUUGAAUUCUACAAUUGUUUCACACCGAGAUCUUGGCUUGGGUGGAAUGUACACCAAGUUUGAAGUGCUUGAAGUACAGAAGAUUAUUAACAAAAAAAUUUAUGAAAGGUAUAUAAGACGUCGUGGAGAUAUAGCGGAAGAAAAUUAUGGUGAGCAUAAUGAAAAACUUUUGUAUCAUGGAUCACCGUUUGUGCAUUCCAUUGUACAGAAAGGUUUCGAUGAAAGGUAUUCAUAUAUGGGUGGUAUGUUUGGUGCUGGUAUUUAUUUUGCGGAACAUUCGAGCAAAAGUAAUCAGUAUGUAUUUGGUAUGGCAGGCAGUGGAUGCAGUCUUCACCGUGAUCGUUCUUGUUAUAUCUGUGUACGACAUUUAUUACUUUGUCGAGUGACGUUAGGAAGAUGUUUUAUGCAGAGUUCCUGUAACAAAAUGGCACAUUCACCACCUGGUCAUCAUUCAGUGAUGGGGCAACCGCGCUCAGGUGGUUUAAAUUAUCCGGAAUAUGUCAUAUAUAGAGGAGAGCAAGCCUAUCCAGAAUAUGUGAUUGUUUAUCGAAUAGUUAACGACGAUUUGAGGCCUGAUUUUUAA